UGAAGAGACAAGAAGAAUCUCUUCAACAAGAGAGCCGUCAUCAUCUUCACCAAAUCUUCAUAUCAAUGAUGUUCAAAUCACGUUGGUUCUUCAAACACCUCGUGUUAUAUUCAUUUCUCAUCGGUUUCGGGUUCGGUCUCGGCUUCCUACUCAACGUCCACAUGAGAAACGUUUCUUUCAGCCCUCAACUCUUUUCCCUCUCUCCACAGCUUCAGCCGGAAAUUUUAGCUAUAGCUAACGAAACGGUUGUUCCUGAAGGGCAAAAGGGUCAUUCUCUAGUGGACCCUGAGAAGGUGACGAUGCAUCAUAACAACAUGACGAGGGAGGAAGAACUCAUGCGGCGUGCGUCCAAGGUUCAAGAAACACCGUUGAGGAAGGAGAAGAAAGUGGCGUUUAUGUUCUUGACGAGAGGGAAGCUUCCUUUGGCUAAACUCUGGGAGAGGUUUUUCAAUGGCCAUCAAGGCCUUUUCUCCGUUUACAUUCAUACAAGUAACUUGUCUUACGUUGACGAUGAUAUUCGCGAAACGUCGCCGUUUUACCGCCGGAGGAUUCCAAGCAAGGAAGUGAAGUGGGGCAUGGUGAGCAUGGUGGAGGCUGAGCGGCGGCUACUAGCUAACGCUCUGCUCGACGAAGCAAACCAACGUUUUGUCCUCCUCUCCGAAACGGACAUACCACUCUUCAACUUCUCCACCAUUUACUCUUACCUCAUAAACUCUACACACUCUUUUGUCGACCUCUACGAUCUUCCUGGACCAGCAGGUCGUGGCCGCUACAACCGACGUAUGUCCCCAGUCAUUACCCGCAGCAAGUGGCGAAAAGGCUCACAAUGGUUCGAAAUCGACCGUGAAAUAGCUUUAGCUGUUGUCUCCGACAACACUUACUUCCCAUUGUUCAAGAAACAUUGUCGUUGGAAAUGUUACGCUGACGAGCAUUACUUGCCAACGUUUGUUCACGUCAUGUUUCCCGGGAAGAACGCGAACAGGUCGUUGACGUGGACGGAUUGGUCACGAAGAGGACCACAUCCGAGGAAGUAUACAAGGAGGUCGGUGAGGUCGGAGCUUCUUACGAAGCUGAGGAAUAGUGAAAAAGGGUGUGUGUAUAAUGGGAAAGAGAGUAACAUAUGCUAUUUGUUCGCUAGAAAAUUCGAUGAUAGUUGUAUAGAUAUGUUGAUUCGUUUUGCUGGUAGAAUUAUGGGGUUUUAGUUUAAUUUUUUUCUUUAAACCCAUAGCGCACAUUCAGCGCAUUUAUAUAUGCUAUGGCCCUUUUAUAUAUUCGAAUUUGUAAGGCCCAUCUGUAGUUACAAUAUUUUAUCCUCAUACACUAUGUUACAUGAAAACGAAAACAGA